AGUUAUAUACUGUAUGAUUCAAGAAGUUAAUACAAGCAACAUUGUUUCCAUGUAUGCAUCACAAUUCCCCAACCUAUUUUACAUUGUAUUUACUGUAUUCUCUCAAAUGAUUUUUCACUUUAAAAUGUAUGCCAAACAAAAACCAAUGAUUGCUAAAUUAGACAAACCAUACAACUAUGCAUAUGGUCUAAUUUGAACAAUUACACAUGCAACGUUUGCUAACAGACAGCACAAACCAUCAUUCUGUGACCAAACUUUGCAUCUGUACUGUUCUUCAAGUAAAUGUGUUUUUGUGAAGUUCAAUGGAAAUGAAAAGUAGUCCUUGUGCAUAGAGUUGUAUGGUUUGUUUAGCAUACGCACAUUUUCUUAUGUUUUCUUCCUGUUUUGCUCUGUCAUGUUUCAGUUACUGGAUGAAAACAAUCAGCUGAUUCAAUGUAUAAUGGACUUCCAGAGCAAAGGAAAGACAGCAGAAUGUUCACAGUAAGUUAUCCUUUAUGUACAAAAACUCCGUACCUGAUGGGCUUUCAGGUUGCAUACUAUCAUGCAUCUGAGUUUUUGCAGUGUAUUGAUGGCUCCUCUCCCUGCGUUUUAAAUGUUAACAUGUGUUUUAUCUGUUUUCUGUCAACAGGUACCAGCAGAUGCUCCACAGAAAUUUAGUUUACCUGGCCACAAUAGCAGACUCCAAUCAGAACAUGCAGUCUCUGCUCCCUGCUGUGAGUAUGGGUCCAGGGUGGAGAAGGGCAGUGAUUUUACAAGAAAGGGACAAUUCAUUGGUACUGAAUUGGAUUCACUCUGACACAUUUUUGGCAGAGGACAAACUUGAAGCAUUCUAGGAUUCAUCAAGUUGUACAGAUACUGUACAAUUAGAAAUAAGGUGUUGUUCUUGGCUCCCGAUAGUUCAAAGAUUGUGGUCAGUGAUUUUAAAUCUCGAACUAAGCAUAGGGCUUUUUUUAUGCCCAAAACAUGACUCUUUGAUGAAGGGGUCUAACAAUACUCCCUCCAUAAGAAACUAUCAUGUAUUCUGAUAUAAAAAUGUAUAGAUCCUGACUUGAAAUAAGGGCCUUGAAAUAAGGGCAUAGAAAUGCAACAACAGAACUAAGUUGCAAUUGAAGAAGAGCCAAGCCUCUUUAUAUGCGUUACACUGGUAGUCAGGAACUCCACCAAAUUCUACCAGUACAGGAAAUUAAGCCAGUAUAGUGGUUUUCCAUCCCAUUCCCAGGAUAUCUAACCCUAUCAAGCUCUGACGAUAGAUUUUGCGGUGCAUGUGAGAUUGAAUGUAAUAAUAUGAUAUGCCUCAUAUGCCACCAAUGGAAGAUUGCCCUGUCUCCCCUAUUGUUGGUCAAAGGGGAGGUGUAUAAUGUUCACCUAGAUGCUCUGUACUUGAUUUCAGAAGUGUGACUCCCCUACUCCCCCAGAGGUAAAGCUUGAAGUGAGUAUGGAUGGAGAAGUGGGGGUUAAUUUAUGAUAGGGUGUCUUGGUUCACACAAUGUUCAUACUGUGUAUUGGAGGCUAUAUGAUUGAUAUUCAAACACAGGAACUUUUAUUGUGAAACUUCAUACAGGAUACCUCUGAGAUACACUGCUGGUGAUAGGCUAAUUGAUGGCCAUUGCAAUAGUAUGAUACAGUGCAAUGUAAUGGUAUACUCUGUGUUGAUAGGCUCUCCUUUAUUAUAAAGGCUUACUUGUUGCUGCAAUCUGGUGCUGUGAAGUAGAUGAUAGAAUAACAUGUCAUAUCCAGAGAUUAUAUAACAUAUUAUAUCCACAGAAAGGCCGGACUCUUUUAAUCCUGUACCUUCAAUAUAAUUUGCAUUUAUUUUGAACAUCAUUUCUGAUCUUACAUUUUAAGAUCCCAUGGUCAUCCGUCCAACAGUCUUCCUCCGUCUCCCCCCUCUUUUUCUCUCAUGCAUGGUUGAGAUAUGUAUCUUAACACGGCUGGUGUUGUCUGUCUGCAGCCUCCUACUCAGAACAUGCCCAUGGGCCCUGGUGGGAUGAACCAGAGCGGAGCACCGGGCCCCCAGCCUCCCCACGGACACAACAUGCCCUCUGAGGGCAUGGUCAGUGGCGGACCCCCAGCCCCUCAUAUGCAGAGCCAGAUGAACGGACAGAUGCCUGGUAAGUGACCUCCCAUCCUCCCUCUAUCCCUGUCUCACUCACUAGGGUUGCCUAGCAACACCACAGAGCUGGAAGAGGAGGGGAGGGUGCUCUGCUAAACGAUGAUGUCACCCGUCUGUGAGCUCUGGUGGUCUUGGACUCCACUUCACUGUGGUUGUGUUUGUAUGCGUGUUUGUUUGUGUGUGGAGAGUAGGGCUGGGCGAUAUGGCCAAAAUAACAUCAUAUUUUCAAAUGUUUUAUCGGAUGUUAUGUUUUUUGAAUAAUACAACUUCUAAACAUGCUUUAUGAGCUGGAUGUCCAAGAUGGCGUAGCAGUGCGGUCGUGUACUCUGUAGUGUGUCCGUGUAAAUAGCCUGUUUUUUGUUUUUUUGUGUAUUUUUCGUAUAUAUUUUCCCUAUCACACUUUUCAUCCUUCUACUAAAUAUACUUUCCUGCAACCCGCCUCACUCAAUGUGGAACGGAUUCUAUUAUUUACUUACCUUUUUCUAGAAUCUCCAGUUAAAACUAGCGAGCCAGCUAACUAGCUACUUUCUAUUAGCCACCGUUAGCGGUUUUCACCCAGAACAUCGGAUUUUCAGCCGGAAUAACUGAAUCCCUGGACCUUAACACCGGAUCGCAACUAGCUAGCCACAACCGAAUGGAUGUUGCUGUUGGCUAAUCACCACUGCCCCCGACGCAAGCACCAGUUAGCCUUGAGCUAGCCUCGAGCCAGGCCCAUAUCCCGGCUAUCUACCUCUCUGUCCACCGGACGGGAGUAGCCAGCUAACUAGCUACUUGCUAUUAGCCACCGUUAGCGGUUUUUCACCAUUGUCCGUGGCCUGCACUACCUACCUACCAGCCAGCUCUAGCCUGGACUAUUAUCGGCCAGUCUGCACUGUCUGCACAACGCGUAUUCGACCCAGAACAUAUCGGAUUUUCUGCCUGGAAUCACUGGACCUUUAACAUUGGAUCAUCGCAACUAGCUAGCUGCAACCAAAUGGAUGUUGUUGUUGGCUAAUCAGCCUUGAGCUAGCCUCGAGUCAGGCCCAUCUCCCGGCUAUCUACCUCUCUGUCAACCAGACGGGACCUCCUAGUGUCGACACGGAGACCCGCCGAUCCAUCACGACUGGUCUGCCGACGUAAUCGUCUGUGGUUUCAACAGGCUUCCCAUUGCGACGACCACGAAGAUCCAUCUGCUAGCCCCGGCCCGCUAGCACACGCAAUUCAACAGCCAUGCUUCCUGCUCGCCUGUGCUGUAGCACCAAUUCGAACUGCUCUCAGACUCACAUAUUGCUGUUCACUGGACUUAUGAUCACUCAGCUGCACAGCUGAUGCCUGCUGGACUGUUCCUUUACACGGUACCCUGUCCUGUUUAUCUGUUUAGCCUCAGCCCAAACUUUCAUCACCAUUACCAGUUGUUGUCUUAGCUCUCUCAAAUAACACCUGUGAUUGCUUUAUGCCUCUCUCCCAUGUCAAUAUGCCUUGCCUAUUGCUGUUCCAGUUAGUUCUUAUUAUACAAUUUCACUGUAGAGCCCCAAGUCCCUCUCAAACUGCCUCAAAUAGCUCCUUUGUUCCACCCCCCAUACCUGCGGAGACCGGCUCAAUCGGUGCCUCCAGUAAUGCUAUCUCUUUCAUUGUUACCCAACGCUUAGGUUUACCUCCACUGUACUCAUAUCCUUCCAUAUCCUUGUCUGUACAUAAUGCCCUGAAUCUAUUCUACAACGCCCAGAAAUCUGCCCCUUUUAUUCUCUGGACCCAACGCACUAGAAGACCAGUUCUUAAAGCCUUUAGCCGUAUCCUUAUUCUAGUCCUCCUCUGUUCCUCUGGUGAUGUAGAGGUUAACCCAGGACCUGCAGCCCCCAGUAUCACUCCUACUCCCCAGGCGCUAUCAUUUGUUGACUUCUGUAACCGUAAAAGCCUUGGCUUUUUGCAUGUUAACAUCAGAGGCCUCCUCCCUAAGUUUGAGUUAUUCACUGCGUUAGCACACUCCGCCAACCCUGAUGUUCUAGCAGUGUCUGAAUCCUGGCUUAGGAAGGCCACCAAAAAUUCUCCAACUACAACAUUUUCCAUCUAGAUAGAACUGCCAAAGGGGGUGGAGACCACUGCGCCUCCCGAGUUUCAACAGGAAACUGUGCCACUAGAGAUCCUGGUUCGAAUCCAGGCUCUGUCGUAGCCGGCCGCGACCGGGAGACCCAUGGGGCGGCGCACAAUUGGCCCAGUGUUGUCCAGGGUAGGGGAGGGAAUGGCCGGCGGGGAUGUAGCUCAGUUGGUAGAGCAUGGCGUUUGCAACGCCAGGGUUGUGGGUUCGAUUCCCACGGGGGGUAUGAAAAAAAAAUUAUGUAUGCACUCACUAACUGUAAGUCGCUCUGGAUAAGAGCGUCUGCUAAAUGACUAAAAUGUAAAUGUAAAUGAGUUGCAAUCUACUGUAGAGAGAGCCUGCAGAGCUCUAUCAUACUAUCCAGGUCUGUGCCCAAACAGUGUGAGCUCCUACUUCUAAAAAUCCACCUUUCCAGAAAUAAGUCUCUCACUGUUGCCGCUUGCUACAGACCCCCCUCAGCCCCCAGCUGUGCCCUGGACACCAUAUGUGAAUUGAUUGCCCCCCAUCUAUCCUCAGAGUUCGUACUGCUUGGUGACCUAAACUGGGAUAUGCUUAACACCCCGGCCAUCCUACAAUCCAAACUAGAUGCCCUCAAUCUCACACAAAUGAUCAAUGAGCCUACCAGGUACAACCCUAAAUCCGUAAACAUGGGCACCCUCAUAGAUAUCAUCCGGACUAAUUUACCCUCUGAAUACACCUUCGCUGUCUUCAACCAGGAUCUCAGCGAUCACUGCCUUAUUGCCUGCGUCCAUAACGGGUCCGCGGUCAAACGACCACCCCUCAACACUGUCAAACGCUUCCUAAAACACUGUAGUGAGCAGGCCUUCCUAAUUGACCUGGCCCAGGUAUCGUGGAUGGAUAUCGAUCUCAUUCUGUCAGUAGAGGAUGCCUGGUUGUUCUUUAAAAGUGCUUUCCUCUCAAUCUUAAAUAAGCAUGCCCCAUUCAAAAAAUUCUGAACUAAGAACAGAUAAAGCCCCUGGUUCUCCUCAGACUUGACUGCCCUUGACCAGCACAAAAACAUCCUGUGGCGUACUGCAUUAGCAUCGAAUAGCCCCCGCAAUAUGCAACUUUUCAGGGAAGUUAGGAACCAAUAUACACAAGCAGUUAGGAAAGCAAAGGCUAGCUUUUUCAAACAGAAAUUUGCAUCCUGUAGCACCAACUCCAAAAAGUUUUGGGACACUGUAAGGUCCAUGGGGAAUAGGAGCACCUCCUCCCAGCUUCCCACUGCACUGAGGCUAGGAAACACUAUCACCACCGAUAACUCUACAAUAAUCGAGAAUUUCAACAAGCAUUUUGCUAUGGCUGGCCAUGCUUUCCACCUGGCUACCCCUACCUCGGCCACCAGCUCUGCACCCUCCGCUGCAACUUGCCCAUGCCCCCCCCGCCCCCCGCUUCUCCUUCACACAAAUUCAGACAGCUGAUGUUCUGAAAGAUCUGCAAAAUCUGGACACCUACAAAUAAUCUGGGCUAGACAAUCUGGACCCUUUCUUUCUAAAAUUAGCCUCCGAAAUUGUCGCAAUCCCUAUUACUAGCCUGUUCAACCUCUCUUUCGUAACGUCUGAGAUCCCCAGAGAUUGGAAAGCUGCCACGGUCAUCCCCCUCUUCAAAGGGGGUGACACUCUAGAUCCAAAUUGUUACAGACCGAUAUCCAUCCUGCCCUGCCUUUCGAAAGUUUUUGAAAGCCAAGUUAAUAAUAAUAAUAAUAAUAAUAAUAACAAACAGAUCACUGACCAUUUCAAAUCCCACCGUACCUUCUCCGCUAUGCAAUCCGGUUUCUGAGCUGGUCAUGGGUGCACCUCAGCCACGCUCAAGGUCCUAAACGAUAUUAUAACCGCGAUCGAUAAUAGACAGUACUGUGCAGCCGUCUUCAUCGACCUGGCCAAGGCUUUCAACUCUGUCAACCACCGCAUUCUUAUUGGCAGAGUAAAUAGCCUUGGUUUCUCAAAUGACUGCCUCGCCUGGUUCACCAACUACUUCUCAGAUAGAGUUCAAUGUGUCAAAUCGGAGGGCCUGUUGUCUGGACCUAUGGCAGUCUCUAUGGGGGUGCCACAGGGUUCAAUUCCCGGGCCGACUCUUUUCUCUGUGUAUAUGAAUGAUGUCGCUCUUGCUGCUGGUGACUCUCAGAUCCACCUCUACGCAGACAACACCAUUUUGUAUACAUCUGGCCCUUCAUUGGACACUGUGUUAACAAACCUCCAAACGAGCUUCAAUGCCAUACAACACUCCUUCCGUGGCCUCCAACUGCUCUUAAACACUAGUAAAACUAAAUGCAUGCUCUUCAAUCGAACGCUGCUGGCACCCGCCCACCCGACUAGAAUCACUACUCUCGGCGGGUCUGACGUAGAGUAUGUGGACAACUACAAAUACCUAGGUCUCUGGUUAGACUAUAAACUCUCCUUCCAGACUCACAUUAAGCAUCUCCAAUCCAAAGUUAAAUCUAGAAUCGGUUUCCUAUUUCGCAACAAAGCCUCCUUCACUCAUGCUGCCAAACAUGCCCUCUUAAAACUGACUAUCCUACCGAUCCUUGACUUCGGCGAUGUCAUUUUUCAAAAUAGCUUCCAACACUCUACUCAGCAAAUUGGAUGUAGUCUAUCACAGUGCCAUCCGUUUUAUCACCAAAGCCCCAUAUACUACCCACCACUGUGACCUGUAAGCUCUUGUUGGCUGGUCCUCACUAUAUAUUCGUCGCCAAACCCACUGGCUCCAGGUCAUCUAUAAAUCACUGCUAGGCAAAUCCCGCCUUAUCUUAGCUCACUGGUCACCAUAGCAACACCCACCCGUAGUAUGCGCUCCAGCAGGUAUAUCUCACUGGUCAUCCCCAAAGCCAACACCUCCUUUGGCCGCCAUUCCUUCCAGUUCUCUGCUGCCAAUGACUGGAACGAACUGCAAAAAUCUCUGAAGCUGGAGACUAUCUCCCUCACUAACUUUAAGCAUCAGUUGUCAGAGCACCUUACCGAUCACUGCACCUGUACACAGCCCAUCUGAAAUUAGCCCACCCAGCUACCUCAUCCCCAUAUUGUUAUUUAUUUAGCUCAUUUGCAGGUAGCCUAGUGGGUAAGAGCGUUGUGCCAGUAACCGAAAGGUUGCUGGUUCUAAUCCCCGAGCCGACUAGGUGAAAAAUCUGUCUGUGCCCUUAAGCAAGGCACUUAACCCUAAUUGCUCCUGUAAGUCGCUCUGGAUAAGAGCGUCUGCUAAAUGACUAAAAUGUAAUGUAUCUCUAUUUGCACAUAAUCUCUUGCACAUCUAUCAUUCCAGUGUUAAUACUAAAUUGUAAUUAUUUUGCCUUCAUAACUUGCUACAUUUGCACACACUGUAUAUAUAUUUUCUGUUGUAUUUUUGACUUUGUUUUGUUUACCCCAUAUGUAACUGUUGUUGUUUUUAUCGCACUGCUUUGCUUUAUCUUGGCCAGGUCGCAGUUGUAAAUGAGAACUUGUUCUCAACUGGCUUACCUGGUUAAAUAAAGGUGGGGGAAAAAAUGAGUAGUUCAUGACCCGGAUUGUUUUAUACUGUUCAAUCCAACUUCAAACAAAACAAUUUCAGCAGAGCUGCAUGGUAUAGGGCAAAAAAUCUAGACCUAGUUAAUUGGUGAACUGUUGGAAUCAUGGAAAAUUGAAUGAUUAUUCGAAUUCUAUAGUUGGAAUAUAGUGGGCAGCACCUUGUUGUUUGACAUGACAACGAAUGAAGAAGCCAUGAAGGAAUUAUUAACAGACUGCAGAGUGAACAGCAAGAAACUGCUUGUGACUCAAUGGUUGAGCAACUGCUGUCUCGUUAAGUGACAGGGGGCGGGGCUUGGUUGUGGGAAGCAGCAUGCAGCAGGAGGAGAGGGAGAAAGACAUCUCAAGUAGCAAACUGAGGCAACUAUAACGGACAUUACACGCACCAGGGUUGUUUAUCACAUUUAACAAACCAAACAUUGAAAUAAUGUAAUAGAAGGUAAAGUAAAAACCAAAACCUGUCCUUGAUUCAAUACCAGUAUAUAGUAAAAUACGGUAUACCGCCCAGCCCUAGGGGAGAGACUGCUAACAUUUAGUAUACUUUGUUCUGCUGCAGGGUAGAUUGACCAAUUAUUACCAGUUGUCAAGGCUCUACAGCACACAUGCUCAUACAUAUUAGAAUAGGGAGAAAAUACUUUCUCAGGAAAGUGAAUGUUUUAAUAAAAUAAUUCAAUCUUAAUCUCUGUACUGUAUGGUCAUAUAUCUUCCUAAAGGUUGAAUGAUCUGUCCUUUUUUUCUCAGGGCCUAAUCACAUGCCCAUGCAGGGCCCUGGGCCGGGUCCCAACCAGCCCCCCAACAUACCCGGCAGCGGCUCCAUUAACAUGCCCCCCAGCAGCCACGGCUCCAUGGGCGGCUACAACCACGCUGUGCCGCCCUCUCAGGGCAUGCCUGCCCAAGGCCAAAUGAACAUGACCCAAGGACCCAUGGGCAACUACGGCCCCCGGCCCAACAUGAACAUGCAGCCUAACCAAGGUACAGGAAAGAGGAAAACAAACGUCUCCUUGAAAGACCUUCUCUUUGACCCAUACACAUCUUUUGAUGAUGACAUCCACCCAUGAAUGCUUUAUUGUUUAGUUUUUUCAAAUUGGGUUCUGUAAUGACAUAUUGUGUGUUUUUGUGUUGUUCCCGCCCCAGGGCCCAUGAUGCACCAGCCUCCCUCCCAGCAGUACAACAUGCCCCCUGGGGGUGGCGGGCAGCACUACCAGGGCCAGCAGAACCCCAUGGGCAUGAUGGGCCAGGGGAACCACGUGAUGGGGCAGAGGUCCAUGCCCCCUUACAGACCCCCACAGCAAGGUACGCUCUGCUCUACAGAGUGGGCACUGGGCCAAGGCGCUUGGUUUGACUUGAUACAGGGCUGAAACCUCUUCUCCUGUCCCUAACCCCCUUUCCACUUCGUCUUUAAGUGGAACUAUCUUUCACUUACACUGCCGUUGCUCAUAGACACAGGUAGCCCCAUUACCAUAGAAGGAACACCCAGGUGCCCUGAAGGUUGUUGUCAGCCCCAGACAACUGAACUAUAGUUUGGGGACCAGGAGCUCUCUAGCGAAUUAAGCGGCCCAAAUUCCAACCUCACUCCCCUUUACCCACCGAAAUGACCCCCCCCCCCCCCCCCCCCCCCCUCCUCCCUCCCGCCCCAACUACACCUUGAAUCAACCUGUGUGUGUUGUGUGUGUGUAUGUAGGACCCCCUCAGCAGUACCCAGGGCAGGAAGACUACUAUGGGGACCAGUACAGUCACGCAGGACAGGGAGCCUCAGAAGGUAGGAGAACCAACCCUCCAACCAACCAACCGCUCGUAGAAACAACCAAACCUCUCCGUCCGUCUAACGUUCACUUAGAGAAGCUGUAUUGAGGCAUGGAGAAGGACAGAGGAUAGAGAGUACCAAAACAACAUUGUGUGACAGUGACACCGUCCCUCAGCUAAAGCCAGUGAAUUGCUCAGCACCACUUUACACCCGAGCCGCAUAGAGACAGAUCAUCAAUGGUUUAUGUUGGUUCCACCGCAGUUAUCUAGAAAAUUUGUGGAAAUAGAGAAUGGAAGCUGUCUUUAACUGUUCAGUUGGACAGUCAAAGUGCUCUGUAAUCCUGGCAAGAAGGAAGCUCUGAUGUUUGCCCGCCCACCAUCCCUCCGGAGCUCUGCGUCUUCGAUAAACAAAUAGCUAGUCGUCUAGUUAUUCUGUCAAACUGUUAUCUUGUGGAGGUGGGGCUCCAAAUGCGUACUGCGACUCAAUCCAGGAAGUUGAUCUUAGGUGGCGCUUUUAGCGGAAGUGGAGGUCCUACUUUAGCAGAAGCCCCACGCACGAGUUGACAGAUGUUGUGUUGAAGACUCCUGGUGGAAAAGCAGACUAGUUGGACUGGGAUUUUUCACCAGUGAUUUUCCACCCCUCCAUAGUGAUUUUGCAUCAUAGCAUCCCCAUCAACGAUUAUUCUUAAAUUAAUAACUUUCUCUUGCAUGUGUCAAUCACUUUUACACCUUUCUGAGUUGUCUACUUUCUAUUCCCUUUCAAACUUUGACACAGUACUCUCCAGUCUCAUAGCUAGGUUGUACUCUGAUGGGAAUUACAGGAUUUAAAUAUUGUCUUGUAAAACUGUAUAUUCUCAAAAGAAAUUGAAACAAAAAAAUUCCAGUGUUUACUUAUCACUUUUGCAAAACUAUAUUUAUGAACAUUGAUACCCACACACACAGAGACAUUGCUUGAAGCAAAAUAAAAGAUGUACCGGUAUAUAACAAUCUGUAUAUUUAUAAUCCCCUGAUUUUCCCCCUCAUUGACCUCAAACAUGGACAUGAAAUAACAUGUCUUCCUAUCUCCUUGUGAAAUAAUGCUAUAGGUGGUUUGCUACAGCCACCGUUCCCUGAUCAAGGCUUUGAUCCCUCAGAACAAUACUACCAAGGAGGUAUCUAUGUAGCUUCUCAGAAAUGUACACACAGGGGAAAAGGAAGAAGCUAAGCUAAAGACACAUGAUGACUUAUGGAACUUUUGUGUUGCUUCUGCUUUUAUGGAGACAUUUCUGAGACUUCUUUCCAAAUGUGACAAAGGCUAUUGUGUUUGAUAACUGCAGUAGCCUAAAUGCUAGCUCUUUACAAUUAAUAACAUAACUCAAAUACACUUUCUACACCAGUAUUAUUUCCCCCGUUUAGCCUUCCCUGGCCAGCUGAAGCUUUCUGAUUUUGUUCUAAGUCUCUGCUCUCUGUUUUCUGGCUUCAUGUCCCUCAACGCUAUGCACGUGACUACUUUUAAUCGUUCUUGAUUUAUCACUCACAAAUAUUUCAUUUCUCAUAAAUGUUGUUGUUCCAGCUUUGUUUUAUUAAUGGCUCAUAGCAGGUGUCAGGUAAGGAUGCUAAAAAGGAGUCACUAUAACAACCCUGUUGCAUAUAAAAACAAACAAAAAUUAACGUAAUGUUUUAAUGGGCGUGCUCACAGUGUUGGUUCUUUUCUCCUGUGGUUCUUGUCUUGUCUGCCAGAGCGAGACCCAGCAGCCAACCAACAGUCCCCCUAUGAAAAAGAUAAUGGUUUGUUAACUUUGUUUGUUAACAGCCUAAAUCAGUGUUUUCAAAAAACGUUCUGAUCAGGGUUGGGGUCAAUAUCCUGUUCAAUUCAGGAAGUAAAAUAAAAUUCCAAUCAUGGUGUUGGUUCUUUUCUCCUGUGGGUCAUGUCUGCCAGAGCGAGACCCAGCAGCCAACCAACAGUCCCCCUAUGAAAAAGAUCAUGGUUUGUUAACUUUGUUUGUUAACAGCCAAAAUCAGUGUUUUCAAAAACGUUCUGAUCAGGGUUGGGGUCAAUAUCCUAGUCAAUUCAGGAAGUAAAAUGAAAUUCCAAUCAUGGUGUUGGUUCUUUUCUCCUGUGGGUCAUGUCUGCCAGAGCGAGACCCAGCAGCCAACCAACAGUCCCCCUAUGAAAAAGAUAAUGGUUUGUUAACUUUGUUUGUUAACAGCCAAAAUCAGUGUUUUCAAAAUACAUUCUGAUCAGGGUUGGGGUCAAUAUCCUGUUCAAUUCAGGAAGUAAGCUGAAAUUCCUAUCAUGCUGGGAAAAUUUGGAAUUGGAAUUUCAGUUUACCUUCCGACUUGACUGAAUUGAAAUGGACCCCAAGCCUGAUUCUGGCCACACUAAGCAUUGAUGCCUGCUGUGUUGUCGUCAAACCUGGUUCAGAUACUGUAAUGUCACAGAUACCGUAAUGUCUCUCUGUUGCCCCCUGUAGGUAACGCCCAGUAUGGCCAGCAGCAGGAGGCCUACCAGCAAGGUCCUCCCCAGCAGCAGGGCUACCCCCCACAGCAGCAGUACCCCGGACAGCAGGGCUACCCUGGACCGCAACAGGGCUACGGUGGGUGGAACCUCAGCAACAUCAUUGAAUCAGUCUGUCUCGGUCUCUCUGUUUCUCGCUCCUUAUCUCUCACUCCUCUCUCUUUCUUUUCUCUCUUUCUCUUUUAAUUUUACCAUAGCUUAUUACUUUGUAUACUUUUUUACUGCAAUGGGAAAUAAAAAGAUGUUGGUGUGUUCCCAUGCUCUGAUGACGUCUGGCAGUCAGUCCACGCUCAUCCUGUAGGAGGCACCACUUACUUUCCUUUUCAUUGUCUUGAAACAUCAGUCCUAAAUUCCAAAUGGCACUCAUCCAGAUCCUCACAUAUGUUUACUGAACCGCACCACUGUUUUGCCAAUUGAUAUGGUGCACUUUCAAUGUUGCAGCAGCACAAUCAAGGCUACACAUGCUGGCACGUUGAUCAGAAGAGGUAGCUGGCAGACAUUGGCGCUGGGUUAGGUGUCCCUCUAGUACUGCGGUGAGUGACUGUAUAGGCCUAGUCACUGUGUGAUAGAAAGGUUCUGGCCUCAGAAAGCUAGAGAUGGCGAGAGAGUGAAAGAGAAAGGAAUAGGACAGGCUUAUGGGUAAUCACCCUCGGCAGUGUGGGCGUGGGAACCACAGCCCCCCUCGUUCGCUUUUAAAAUCCUGUCAGCUCUCCUUUCUCUCUGAGCCAGAGGCCUUUCUCUCAUGUCAGUAAUGAGCUGGUGGAAAGAGGCAGAGGCUGUGAGUUGGGCUCCAUCUGGCACACACACACACACACUUGUUCGCUCUCACAGGCGGGCCCCACAAGGUUAAGAUUUGCUGUAGCUGCGUCUGCAUUACGAGCACCUAAUGACGUUUGACUUGGCCCAGUCAGUCAUUCAUUGAAUCACUGAUCAGCCGUUAGAAUGCCUGAUAACAUGGUGCUAUGCGUUGGUAAGGUUGCAGAGGCUGUCUGAUGCAGUGAUUUUUAAUGAGGGCCCCUUGAUGUCUCCUUGCAUUAGAAAACUUAACACCAAGCCCUGGUUCUGGCUACAGCUACGGCUGCAGUAAGUCAGACUCUCUCAUUACACAGCAGAGUAGGCCAGUGUUAAUGUGGAGCCAAACUUCAACAAAUGGGCCAGGGCCCAACUAAUACUACUACCACCCACCAGUCUCUCUCUGCCAUGCCUCUGGCUGGCUGUCUGGUUGUCAAUGGAUAUGUCUAUUGGAGUGCAUUGGGGAGAUAAAGGUUAAUUGACACUCUCAAGAACAAGACGUGUCAUAAUGAUGGACAUCAAACAGAACAAAGUCAGUGAAUCAAGUGCGCUGUUAUACUCCCAGGUUGACUGUGUGGUUUUUGUUAUUGAACAGACCAGUCUUCUUAACUGGUCAUAUAUGGUGUGAAGAACUGUAGCAUCAUGUUUCAGUCAGACAUCAUAACCUUUUUCUCUCUGCUCUGUCCCCCUUUCCCAGGCCCGUCCCAGGGAGCCCCAGGCCAGUACCCCCAGGGUUACCCCCAGGGCCAGGGGCAGCAGUAUGGGGCCUACCGGGGCCCCCAGCCCGGCCCCCCUCAGGCCCAGCAACAACGCCCAUACCCAGGCUACGAUCAGGUGAGUAUGAGCCCAUGAGUAGGCAGGCCUAACCUCUAUCUGUAUGUGACUCUUAUUGUGUCCUUUUAUAUGUUGGCUAGAGAUGGAUGGAAGUUAAAGAUAUAACGUUAAGUUUAUCCAGAGUUCAGGGAGUGUCCAUAAGCAAGAGACCAGGGUGGAGUGGGUGUCUUGUGCAUGCUGACAUUGUAUGGGGAGUUUAAGACAAGUGGAAAAGAGUUGAAUAAUAUAUUGCCUUGGAUAAUACAACAAGUCAGACCAGAGCACUGCAAUGCAAGGGCAAUGUAGUGUCUCCUCCCUAAACAUAACUGACUUUUGAGAGUGUUGAAGAGGAGGGGAAAGCUACGUGUUGCCCUGUAUUUUCUGUGGUCCUUUGCGGGGGCCACAGCAACACUUUGAUUCUUUAUCUUUGAAUAUUCAGGGACACAUGAGGAAAUAAAGACCCGGGGAUUUGAACCCCUGACUAGCUCUGUAAGAAGCAAAGGUAAUGGUUGCUGUGAAGAUGUCACCUCAAUGUCAAAUCUGGACGUGUGGCCGUUCGCCUAGCCUUGAUUUGCAUUCGUCAUGUUUCUCCUCCUGUCUUCUAUUUAAACAUCUGAUUUCCACCUUUACUUUACCUCUUUUUGUAACCAGGGGUCGAAUUCUAUUCUUGAGGUCUUCAAACACAUCAAGCAUAAUCUGUAG